AUGUCCGAGAGUUCGUUUGAUGACUUCCCGGUAGAUCCGGCCCUGCCGCACGGCCCGGCGCUGUCCGCGAAUUUAACAAACGUUGUCGGACAUCUGUCCUCGACAGUGUCAUCAUCAAAACUGAUUGAAUGUUCAACCAACUCUUUUUCUCCAGAGUAUGUGCGGCUUGUGGAUGGAGCUGGUCUCUGCUCCGGGAGAGUGGAGGUGAAGUCCAAUCAGUCCUGGGUCUCAGUGUGUGAAGCUGACUUUGACCGGCAGGAUGCAGAGGUAGUCUGUGGGGAGCUUGGCUGUGGGGCUCCUGCAGCUCUACAGGGGGGGCUCUAUGGAGAAGGUGAGGGUCAGACCUGGGAUAAAGAGUUCCAGUGUAAAGGCAAUGAGUCCCUUCUCCUGGACUGUGACACCUCAGACAGAAAAAACAACACCUGCCUAACUGGUAAUGCUGUUGGACUCACCUGCUCAGAGCCUGAUGAUGUGAGGCUGGUUGGAGGAGGCAGUCGCUGUGCUGGUGGAGUGGAGUGGUACAACCAGGGAGAGUGGAGGACUGUGGGAGCUGAUGACUGGAACCAGAGGGAUGUAGCUGCAGUAGUGUGUCGACAGCUGGGUUGUGGCUCCACUGUUUCAGUACCACCUGGAAACACCACUAGAGGGUUCAGAGUUUCCUGUUCUGGGUCUGAGGGCGCACUGAGGGAGUGUAGGAGAAGUUAUGAUCUCCUUCCUGGACUCACAGUGAUCUGCUCAGAUCUCCUGGUCCAGCCUGAUAUCUUCCUGACUGACUCAAUGGGUGGGGUCUCCAGGGGCCACCAGGGGCCCGAGAUGUUCAGGGGCUACAACUUCACCAUCACCUGCUCCACUCAGCCACAGUACCCAGGAGGCUCCUUCCUCCUCACGUUCACCGGCUCCAACAGAACCCAGACCCAGCCAGCUGUCAAUCACUCUGCUGCCUUCCUCUUCCCUGCUGCAGAUGACUCCCACCAAGGGAACUACAGCUGUGUUUAUGAGAAUUAUGUUUUCUCUCACAACUUCUCCUCUGAGAGUGAGCUCCUCUCCCUCGCCAUCACAGCCUCUCCUCUGCCAGCCUUCAUCAUCAGACACGUUGUAGUGCUGCUGAUCCUACUGACAGCCAUCACCACCUCCUACCUGUACUACAAGCGCACCAGGAGGCAGAAGAGAGUGAACAGGGUGAGCAGCAUGGAUCUUUAUGUCAAUGCCAUGGAGAUGGUCUCUCUGAGCUCCAGAGCUGAAGCUGGACCGGGAGAGGAGAGAGCAGCCCAGGGGACGGAGUAGGAGUAGAAUGAAGCUGACCCUUCAUGCUGAUCUUAGGUCAGUUUUGUGUUUUAAAUCCAUGGUCAGCAGUGGACUGGUGUUUAAAAUGUGGUGACAAACCUGAAGUAUU